CAGCUCCAUCGUUCUUCUUUUCUCUCCCACUCUGAAUCACGACAAUGGAGACUGUAUCUGAGAUGGAAGAAAUCAAGCAAUCUCAAACCGCAUCCGAUUUCAUUGAUCAACAACUCGCCCUCGAGGCUGAUGCGCGAGAAGUGCUUCCAUAUAAGUUCGACAAAUGUACCAAUAUUCUGGGGCCCUUGCGCCAGAACGUCUUUGCCUGCCUGACAUGCAGCCCUCCACCCGCUUCGGCGGCGCAAGUCUACACGCCCGCAGGUGUCUGCUACGCUUGCUCCAUCUCCUGCCACGGCGAACACACCCUCGUUGAGCUGUUCUCCCGCCGCGAUUUUGUCUGCGACUGUGGCACUAGCCGAUUACCGUCGACUUCGCCUUGCACUUUGCGAUCCGAUCCCGUAACAGGAAAUCGAGGAGUACAUUCGCAGGAACCACACAAGGGCAAUCGUUACAACCACAACUUUCAAAAUCGAUUUUGCGCGUGCGGAGAGGAAUACGAUGCAGAAACGGAGAAGGGGACGAUGUUUCAAUGUUUGGGAUUAGGGACGGUUGAUAGUGGUGGUUGCGGAGAAGACUGGUACCAUCCAGAGUGCCUGAUGGGCUUACCGAGAGAUUGGUACAAGUCAGUCGACUCGAAACAAAAAACGUCAGAGGAAACAGAGAAAGAUCAGAAGACAGAGGAUAAAGAGGCGGAAGAACCCAGUCACCCAGUCCCGCCAGGCUUCCCAAACGAAGAUGACUUCGAUACCAUGAUAUGCUACAAGUGCGUGGAGUCCAAUCCCUGGAUCAAGAAAUACGCGGGCGCACCCGGCUUCUUGCCCGCUGUGUUCAAACAUGGCGCCCAGACAGGCACAGUGAACAACACUGCUGACCCAGCCGCGCAAUCCAAGGCCACACCAACAUCAACUGCCCCUGUUUCCCUCAAGCGUAAGGCCUCCGAUGGCGACAUAGAAGCCGGGCCACCUAGCCCUUCCAAGCGCGUUAGGAACGAAGACGAAACAGAUCCAGCAGCAGCAGCAGCAGCUCUUCCGAUCACCUCUACCGAACCGCUCUCCAACGACAACGACGACGCAAACAACCACCCCGCAACGAAUCCUGCAAAGACAGAAGCCGACCCAAACCCCAAACAAAAGCACGACCUCCUUCCCAGCCCACCUCCAACGGGGACCUUCUCGCUCUUCCUGCGCGCCGAUUUCCGCGACCACCUGUGCCACUGCCCGCAAUGCUACCCGCACCUGAUCCCGCACCCGCAACUCCUGGAGGAAGAGGACACGUAUGAACCCUCGCUAUCAUCCGAGGGCUCCUCGGACGCCAACAACGGCGGCGGGCACUCGCGAUCCUCGCGUGCUUCCCUCCUGGAGCGAGGCGAAGCCGCCCUGUCAAACAUGGACCGAGUCCGCGCGAUCGAGGGCGUCAUGGUCUACAACCACUUGCGCGACAAGGUGAAGGAGUUCCUCAAGCCGUACGCGGAGAGCGGCCAGGCGGUCAGCGCCGAGGCCAUCAAGGCGUACUUUGAGAAGCUGAGAGGCGACGAGGCGGCUAUAAAAGAGGCCAAGGAAAAGGACGGCAGGGCGAACGGUCAUGAUGGAGCGGAUGGGAAUGGAGGUGCGGAAGGUGGAGGCGAGGGCGAUAGAAGCACCAGGAGAGAACAGUCCGGGUAUUGAACGGCAUGAAAGAGAGUGAGUGCCCAGAUGCUCCCACGACACCUACAGUACGUCACGUCGGGAACGACAUUCAAAAAUAUACUAUGCACAACGGCAGUUUUCGCGGCUGUCGUGGAGAGGGAACGAAGAACAAAAAGCCUAUCCUGGAAAGCACUUUUGUAUUGCUGUUUGCAUGCUACAGUGGCACAAGUGGUCGCCGCACCGUCAAUACAUCUGAACACGUUUGGUGAC